AAUAUUAAAUAGGUAAUUAGUGUUCGAGCUUACAGUUAUAUGUUUCAUAGUAUACACUUUUAAGCUUGUAUUAAAGUAACGAAAACAGUAUUUUAUGAGAACUCUUUAAAUGUGCUGAAUAUAUUUAUUAGAAUAUAUUUUAUCGUUUAAAAUACAAAAAGUAAACACAACCAACAACCGGUUUCAAGAUAAAAAUAAAAUUAUUUUUACUUACUGUUACGAAACAUCGAUCGUUUCUGAACAAACAUAAGUAUUCAAUACAAAGUUAUAAUUUGUUAGAAAUAUUCGUACCUGUAGUGUAUCAACAAAAAUGAAUGUGACUUCGUUACGACCCUCUACUUGGGUAACCAAAUGUCUUCUCAAUAAUGGACUACUUAAAAACAAUUUAAAGAGGAGUAUGUCAUUAAGCAUGAACAUGUCAAAGUCGGACAAGCCAAAAUCAACAGUGGAUGAAGGUGAUGUUCAGAGACACACCAACCUGUUGAAGGACUGGUGGGAUCCCAACGGAAGUAUUAAAGCAUUGCAUAGCUUCAAUCUUCUCAGAGUACCGUUUGUAAGAGAUGGUCUUGUAUCCGAAUCAGAAAGAGGGAAAACACUUACCCCAUUGGCUAAUAAAACGAUAUUGGAUAUUGGUUGUGGCGGAGGGAUUCUAUCUGAGGGCUUGGCUAGAAUUGGUGCAAAUGUAACUGGAGUUGAUGCGAGCAAUGAUUUAAUUGAAUUAGCGAAACAACACAGUACCAUCGACCCUAAAAUAGCUGGCAACAAACCUACAUAUUUAUGUACUACUAUUGAGGAACAUUCAAAGGAAUUUACCGACCACUAUGACGCAGUGGUAGCUUCCGAAGUCAUAGAGCAUGUUGCGGACAAGGAGCUGUUUGUCAAAUCGUGCGUAGAAGCAGUGAAGCCAGGGGGAAAGAUAUUCAUAACAACUCCUAAUAGAUCGAGAUUGACGCAAGUUCUGGGCAUAUUUGUAGCAGAGUAUAUACUUAAUGCUAUACCAAAGGGCACACAUCAAUAUGAUAAAUUCACUACUCCCAAUGAGGUCACGUUUUUAUUGGAAAGAAAUAAUUGCCACGUGGAGAUAGUGCAAGGGGUCACUUACAAUCCCUUUACAAACAAGUGGACCUGGAUUGAUUCGCAAACUCUGUGCUUUGCACUACAAGCUUGCAAGCUGGAUCCUAACGUGAAAUCCACCCUAUCAUAAGAAUAACUUUUAUUGAAUAAAAGCUGAUUAAUAA